AUGGCUCUUUCACUUGACCAAAUUUUCUCAACAACCGUGCUCGAUGCUCUAGUCCCAGAUACCUCAUUGGACUUUCCGCCUCAAAUCCCGACAGACGAAUGGCUAGCAAAGAUCAAGUCAAACGCGACAGAUAGGCGGCAGGCGUUUUUCGACGAACAGCUGCACUCAAUCCUCCUCCUGCACAUAAAAAAUCCAGAAGAAAGCAUCCCAGAGGACACAAGCCAUCCGCCAGAAUCGAUUCGAGAUCUGCUUGCUCAUGUGCAAGUCUCUUUGGAGGCGGCCUACAUCUCAGCCAUACCAUCAGCCGUCGAAACUCCUAAAACAUCAAGGCUGUUAUUACCAACCCCUCGAACUGGGGCAGCUGGACGUCCAAGUGGACGUCUAAAUCCCCAUCCAUCCAUCCUCCCGCCCAGUACUCCCAAUCCAGUCCCAGCAACAGGAGAUCUGGACCGGAAAUAUACGACGUCAGAAGGAACGGUGUUGGUCGCUCAGAUAUGGGGAAGCAAUACGUCGGACGAUUCAGCAGAAGAGUUCGCACUUUUAUGGUCGAGAGAUGAGCGGAGCUGGGUAGGGGUGUAUCGUAUGGUGAUAACAGUUUCUUUCCUCCGACUCUCAUUCAGUGACCCUUUGCUAUGCUUGACGGUAUCUGCCACCCUGCGCGAGAAACCCAUACCAACAACACCCAAGCAUCCACUCGCAAGGUUCUUCGCUUCGAUUGGUGCAGCCUCAACGGAAGAGCCGGAGCCGGAGGCGCAGGAGACGCAAGACGAAGCAUCGUUACUUGACGGACUUGAGGAAGUUAAUCUUCUGGAGGGUUUGUUGGCAGGCCCGACUUUUUCCAAGCUCGAAUUGAAUCUUCCAACAGUUAGGCUAGGGACACAAUCUCGCCAGAAGUUGUUUUCUCUACCACCUGUUCUCGUCAACACACCCGUGCAGCCAUCCCCGUCGCCUAUGACAGCGGUACGUAAGGCACAUCCAACGCUCCGCAAAUCAUACCGGAAGACGAUACAAACAGCUUCGGGUUUCCGUGUGCGCAUGCGUACCGUCUUCGUGCCCUACGUGUUGCUUCCCGAGACAGAAGGCACUGUGGAUGAUCUUGACGAAGAAGAGAAGGACCGAGAACGAAGAGAGGCAGGCAGCGAAGAGCGGACGGUUGUUCUUUGUGUCGAGAUCGAAAAUUCUGGUGACAUGGGGACCAAUGCUGGUUUUGUCGUCGAGAAAGUCGACGUGACAAUUGGAGGAGAGGGUGCCAAAGCAACUCUGAUUGGAUGGGGAGAAAACGGCUUCACCUCUGAGGCAGCGAAGAAGAUUCUCCCUCUAAGGAUCGGGCCGUUGGCGCAGUACAACCUCCUAUAUGCCGUUACCUUCAUGCGGUCGCCGGAAGAAAGUGAUGCAUUCUCUUUUGCUCGUCCAGGUGCACAAGCCUCCUCCGACCUCCAACGAGCAGUUACAAUCAACGUGUUCGGAAAGCCCUACUUCCCUCCACCCUUGACGUCCAAAAUUCUGAUACCCGACAUGGACUCCGUCUCAUACCCAACGCGAACGUUCUCGUCACGAUGGAACUGCGUCCUUGAUCUUGCUGCACAACAGAGCCAGCCUUCAGAUAUGCUCGAUCAAAACGACUAUCCCAAUGCCAUGCCAGAGCCGCCUUCUCCCUUUCCAGUGUUUUCUAUGUAUAGCUCGAAUACGAAUGCCACGGGCACGCCUGGCAUGUAUUCAGGUGCUUCGACGCCUCAGUAUUCCGCUACGGCGGGUAGCAAACGAUUUACCCUACAACCAGGGGCGAACUUUGCGGGGCGUACGCUGAAGAAUAUCACACCGAACAGAUCGUUGCUCAGACCAACGGAUGGACAGUCGCCUGGACCUUCCAGCCGGCCCUCUUCGCUCAUGCUAGGCCCGCAAUCAUCGGCACAGUACCUACGGUCGCCAACGACGUACAGCGCACCGCCUCCUCCUCCGAUGUCAACCUUGGGUCAGCUACCUGCCCCUCUCCCAAUAUUGGUUCCCGAAAACGAGGAUGCCCUAGGUGGUCCCCAGACUGGCCUUCCCACCGCCUUUGACACGCCCAUGACGCCCGCGUACCCAGCUUUCCCAACGAAGUCCGCCUUGCCACCCACUCCGAUGUCACAAGGUCCUAUAGCUUCGUCAACGAUGGGCAAUUUCGGUCCAAGUGUCGAGAUUAAGAGAGACCGGGGCUCUACCGCGGAUUUUGGUGCUGUACCGCAGACCCCCCUUCCACUAGUGUCAGGCGCAUUUGGAGAGCAAAAGAUGCUCGCGAAGCUUCAAGGAUCAAGCAACACCGGCGAGAACAUCGUCGUGUCGGUUGGACUACUACCUCUUCCCUACGAGAGACGCGGAGGGAAGGAGGUUAUACUUGGACCUGGAAAGAUCUAUCCACUAGACGUGUUCACCCUGGAUAUCUUCGUCUUCAAUCAGAGUUUGUGGCCCAGACGAUUCGAGGUAACGUGCCCUGAACGACGCAGGAGAAGAAGGGGUGGUGCGGAGAUGGGUGUGUAUGAUGGCGGGAGCCAGGCUUCAAGGAAGAUGGGGUAUCCAGGUGUAUUGCCUCUGGAGAGUCGCGUUCGGAUUGGUCCUCUGAAGCCCUCCGCGUGCCAGUCUGUUCGGAUGGACUUCCUCGCCGUUUCCCCCGGCGUGCACUCUAUAGAUAGCUUGACGCUAACUGACAUCGAAACCGGAUUUUCGAUGAACCUCCGCUCCGUCUUGGACGUCGUGGUGCAUGAUCCAAAUGAUUAG